UUUGACAGCCCCGCCCCCAUCUCUCCGGCUGUCACUGAGUCCGCCCCCUUUCUCCUCUGCCCUCUCCUGUCAGUUCACCUGGCCCUGCCCCGUGUGUCCUGCGGGUCACACCCUCUCCCGCCGAGGUGCUGAGACAUCUUUUAACCAUGCAAAUCUAGAAUCGUCAGUCCCUGCUUACACCCUUGGGUGGCUUCCUGUGCCCUCGGGCUAACUAACGCAGGCCCUCUGAACUGCACCUCCACCAGAAGGCGCGCUUGCUGCCCUUGCUGCAGCCCCGGGACCAUGCUGAGUCUGUCCCCUGUCCGGAACUCUGCCAACGUCCCUUCUUCUUGGGGACCUGCCUUGCCCAGCUACCCUUCCUGCCCACCUCCUCUAACUCCAACUUGAGAGAUGUUGGAUGUAGGUCUUUUCCCUUGUGCCGGAAGUGUCCGCCCAUAGUGCUUGGCAUUUUUCGGAAGCUUAGCAAGAAUUUGGUUGAGAAUGAAUGAAUGAAUGAAUGAAUGAAUGAAUGAAUGAAUGUGAAGAGCUGGCUUCGGGCAGAGGAAACAGUAACUGUCAGGUGCGGUAUUCCUGAGGGGAACCAAGUAUUUCAUAUAGCUAGCAAACAUUUGGCACUUACCCAGUGCAGGGCCCUGGAGGCUGAAUCGAAAGAACUGUCCCCUCCCCCCUGAUCACUUUCUGAGGCACCGGUGGGGGAGGGGCAUGUCAGUGCUUCCUGUCUGCUGUGUCUUGAGCUGCCCUGCACUGUUUCCGUGAGGUCCAGAACGGCUUGGAGGCCAUCUGUCCUCAGCUCCUAGAGUCCCUUGCAGACCACUAUGGCUGGGCUACUGAAGAGGAAGUUUGACCAGCUGGAAGAGGACUUCUUCAGCUCCUCCUCCUCCUCCCCCUCCUCCUCCUCAGGCAGUCUCUCUCUCUCCUCCUCCCCCGGUUCUUCUGUCUUCCCUGCCUGGAACUCAGAUGAGGAGGGACCAUGUGGUCAGGCACCUCAGCCUGAUCAGGACUCCUGUGGCCUCCAAAGUUUCAAGCCCCCGUCCAUCCUGAAGCGGGCUCCGAGGGAACGUCCAGGUCGUGUAACCUUUGAUGGCAUCACUGUCUACUAUUUCCCACGGUGCCAGGGAUUCACCAGUGUGCCCAGCCGAGGUGGCUGCAGCUUGGGAAUGGCUUCACGCCACAGCACCUGCCGCCUUUUCUCCUUAGCUGAGUUUACAGAGGAGCGGGUCAAGGCUCGGCGUGAGAAGCUCCGUCAGCGCUUGAAGGAGGAGAAACUGGAGCUGCUGAGGUGGAAGCUUUCAGUGGCUGGAGUUCCAGAGACAGGGGCAGGCCUGCCCCUUACAGUAGACGCCAUCGAUGACGCCUCUGUAGAGAAUGACCUGGCAGUGGCUGUCGCUAGUGGCCGCUUGGAGGAGGUGAAUUUCCUGCAGCCCCAUCCACCUCGGCAGCGACGGGCCCUGCUCCGUGCUUCGGGUGUGCGAAGGAUCGACCGGGAGGAGAAGCGCGAGCUGCAGGCGCUGCGCCGGUCGCGGGAGGACUGUGGCUGUCGCUGUGACGGCGUCUGUGACCCUGAGACCUGCAGUUGCAGCCUGGCUGGCAUCAAGUGCCAGAUGGAUCACACAUCAUUCCCCUGUGGCUGCUGCAGUGAGGGCUGUGAGAACCCCAAUGGCCGUGUGGAAUUCAAUCAGGCAAGAGUUCAGACACAUUUCAUCCAUACGCUCACUCGCCUGCAGAUGGAGCAGGGUGCUGAGAGCCUGGGGGAUCUGGAGUCUCCCGUCCAGGACAGUCCCAGUGAACAAACCCUGGUUUCCCCUUUUCCGCUGGCCACGCCCCCUAUGAGCCAUGAGCUGGGAGACAACAGCUGCAGCAGCGACAUGACCGAUUCUUCCACAUCCUCAUCCUCCGGCAAUAGCGAGGCUCCGGACCACCUUGCCCAACCCAGCCUGCCAGGUCCUAGCUUCCAGUCUGGUGUGGAUGAAGAUAGCCUGGUGCAGAUUCUGAAUUUCAGUGACUCUGACCUUGGUGUGGAGGAGGAAGAGGAGGAGGAGGAAAGAGGUGUGGGCGACUUGGAUAACCUCAGCUGCUUCCAUCUGGCUGACAUCUUUGGUACUGGUGACCCCAGCAGCCCAGCCAGCUGGACUCACAGCCAGUCUGGCUCUAGCCUUGCAUCAGGCAUCCUAGAUGAGAAUGCCAACCUGGAUGCCAGCUGCUUCCUAAACGGCGGACUUGAAGGACUGAGAGAAGGCAGUCUCCCUGGCAGUUCCGGAUCCCCUGGGGUGGAGGCCAUGCAGAGUGGCUCUGUGGACCUCAGCUUAUCGUCCUGCGACUCCUUUGAGCUGCUCCAGGCUCUGCCAGAUUACAGUCUGGGUCCUCACUACACUUCCCGCAGGGUGUCUGGCAGCCUGGACAGCCUCGAGGCCCUCCACCCUUUGCCCGGCUUCUCUCCACCAAGGGAUGCCAGCGCUUGCUUCCUGGAGUCCCUCCUGGGCCUGUCAGAGCCGGGCACCGAUGUCCUGGCGCCUCUUCUGGAGAGCCAGUUUGAGGACACGGCCUUGGUGCCUCUGCUGGAGCCCCUGCCCGUGUGAGGACCGGGGUGCCGUCCCUGCCCCAGCCCCGGUGCUGCUUUGUGUGACUGUUGGGGUUCCCCAAGGUCUGUGUAUGUAACGGUCUCCCGUGGGCUGGUCCUGGCCACGGGUGCUGAGUGCACCCUCUUAUUUUUACAUUAACACUCUGAAUUUAUUUAUUUUUUUAUUUUUUUAUUCUGUGCUAAGGAGGAGGUGGGCGGGGGACCCCUCUCCCAGUGCCCGGUCUCUUUAUAUCCAAGCAGAGGUCUUCCCUCUCCCAGUGUGUGCCAGGAGGAGGAGGAGGAGGAGCAGCGGGCUCCCCUGCUGCCUCACAGACGCUCUUUCUGCACUGGCAUGAGUACGCUCCUUGGUCCAGAGACAGUGUCGGGGCUGAAGGCAGGGCUCAUGGCUUCCUGUGAACCAUGGGAGCUGGGUCUUCGGGACUGUGAAGAUGUAAUUUAUUUCUGUAAUUUAUUGGGGAGCUGCGGCAUCCGUGGUUGAGCCUCUCUGGCAGGUGGGCAGUGUUGGGGCAGACUGGCUUCAGUGUGCCCUGCCUGUCUGGGCUUUGGUGUGGACUGUUGCGUUUGCGCCUGUCACCUACGUCAGCUGCCUGGCUCCUGAGCUGAGGCUGAGCUUCACCAGCCUUGACCAAAACCCCCUUUGCCCCUGCCCGGCCACUCUGCCUGCCCUGUGCCCGGUUCCCUUGUCCCCGAGGCCACGGGUCAUAACACCCCUCCUGUAGGGUGGGAAGCCAGAGGCCCCGAGAGGGGCAACGGGCAGGCCGGCCUCAGGACAUGAUGCGCACCCCAUGGUGUACCCCAGAUCACUGUCUCAGGGCUUUCUGGGCACUGAACUCCGUCCUGGCCCACCAUAUGCCCCUAGGCCAGUUGGCAAGGGGUGGCUCUUGAGGGCUUUUAUGCCCUUCAUUAGCUGAUGUUGGAUUUUGUAUGCAUUUUUAUAUUGUCUGUAAGUGUCAGAACUAUAAUUUAUUCAUUUCUUUGUGUGUGUGUGCCAAGAAACACAGGCUCUGGGCUUGCCUCCUUGCCCAGGAGGCCUUGCCAGCCUGUGUGCUUGUGGGAACACAUUGUACCUGAGCUGUCAGGUACCAAUAAAGACGCUCUAUUUUUAA